CUCAGUGUGAGAUCUGUUGGAGGUGGAUGAGAUUUGCAGCUGUGCUGUUUAUUCGACCCCAUCAGCACUGUUCAUGUUUCUAUCGGUGGAGGUCGCCAGGAGUACUCAACAGAAUAGAUAGAUGGAGCGCACGCUGAGUGUGUGUGUAUGUGUGUGUGUGAGAGAGAGAGAGAGACAGAGUGUGUGUGAGAGAGUGUGUGAGUGAGUGAGUGUUCAGUCCUCUGUGCAUGGGGAUCAGCAGAGAGAAGCGAGGCGUCCACCCGACUCAGAACACUCUCCGUACCGCGCGCUGCAAAAUGGCGGCCGCUUCUUCCAUGCAGCCGCCCACAGCGCCCGCUGUAAAGCGCCCGAAUUCCCCCGUGCCGGACUCGGAGAGCCCCGAGAGCCGGCCGGAGGAGGACGGGGCUCCUGAGGACACCAUCCUCCGGGACAUGGCCGAGCUGGAGCCUGAGGAGAUUGAAAGGAGGCUGGAGAAAACUCGGCGAGAACUGAGCAACAGGAGAAAGAUUGUCAUCAAGAACCUGCCGCAGGACGCUACUAACCAGGAAGUGCAUGAUAUUCUACGCGAGUAUGAGCUCAAGUACUGCUUUGUGGACCGGAACAAAGGCACAGCUUUUGUAACACUCCUAAAUGGCGACCAGGCACAGGACGCCAUCCGUUCACUGCACCAGACGUCGGUGCGUGGUCGUGACAUCAGCGUCCAGCUGCAGCCCACCGACUCGCUGCUGUGUGUCACCAACCUGCCUCACACAUUCACUGGCACACAAUUCCAGGAACUGGUGCGCUCCUAUGGCAACAUCGAGCGCUCCUUCCUCGUCUACAGUGAGCUUACAGGUCACUCCAAGGGCUACGGCUUUGUGGAGUACAUGAAGAAGGACUCAGCCUCCAGGGCUCGCUCGGAGCUGCUAGGUAAAGUGCAGGGCGAGCGCUUGCUAAUGGUGCAGUGGAGUGACGUCAACCAGCUCAGCACGGCCCAGCACAUCCACUCCAAGUGCCUGUGUGUGGAGCGGCUGCCCGUGGACUUUGACAGUUCUGAAGAGCUAGCACACAUCUUUUCUGAGCACUACAAACCCGUCUUCUGCCAGCUGGCGCAGGACGAGGGCAGUGCAGUGCGGGGUUUUGCCGUGGUGGAGUACGAGACAGCCGAGCAGGCUGAGGCCGUGCUGCUGGAGAUGGACCGACACCUGAUCCAGGGUCAGGAGAUCCGCCUGUCACUGUGCAGCCCGGGAACAUCUGGCCGCAGCACACUCGCUGCCCUCAUCGCUGCUCAGGGAGUGAUGCUGAGCAAUAAAAAGGGUUUGUUGCCCGAGCCCAAUUUGGCUCAGCUCCUAAACAGCAUGACCAAUCCAGCUGCUCUUCAGGUUCUUAUGAGACCAUACCACAGUGGCAAGCGUGGAGGGAAGUUUCGUCCUCACAGUGUUCCUUUUCUCCGACCGCCGCUGACAGCUGCACUGCUUCAGCUAGGAAAAGCACAGCAGAACGCCAUGCUGGGGAACGGGCUCGUUCUGCAGAACCUUCUCCACAUGCACAUGGCACAGCAGCAGCUCCUGCACAUCAAGGACAAGCACAUCACUAAUAUUCCCAGUCUUUUAGGAGACCCCUCCCGUUUACUUCUCCAUAAAGUCUUGGCUCUGCGAGCUGCAGCCCCGGUGCCGGUGGUGAAAGGGCUGAUUGGAGAUUCCCCCACUGACUCAAGUCGGGAGGCUGGAGGGUCCGGAGCAGGCCGCGCUCACAUGAGCCCCGGGGAUCAGAACGGUGUGUCAGCCCCAGACAAACAGCCAGCAGUGUCAACUCACUCUCACAGCCAGACACACGGCUUCAGUUCUGGGUCAAGCAGAGUGGCACUGAGCUCCAAAGCCCCGGUUAACCACAACAGCACUGCAUCCGAGAACUGCACACUUACAACACAAACCAGCUGCCAGAUGUCUCUGCUGGGAGAGCCACCUAAAGAGGUGAAACUGCCCUCCAACCCUUACCUAAACAUGGCCAGUGUCUUACCUGGAGUGGUGUUGCAGGCUCCCUGCAGCAGCAGCAGUAAAGGCCAGGCGGUCAGUGGGACCUAUAGCUCAGUUCUGCCUCCUGCUUCCCUCCCAACCACCCAGUACAGCACUGACUGCAGUGCCUCAGAAUACACAAACCAGUACACUCAGCAAUACUCACAGGAGGCCAUGCAGCAGUGGUACCAACAUUAUCAGGCACAGGGCUACAGUAAUACUAGCCAGGAGAGUACUACAGCUACAGAGUACAACAAGGAACAAGCUCAGGCUGUGGUCACAUCUUCAUAUGGAGACUACACUCCUUACAUGCAGGCUGUCACUCAGUACUAUUCUCAGACUCAGAUAAGCCAAGCUGCUGCACCCGGGUACCAGCAGAGAGACCUCAGCAAGGAGCUGGAGGUUGUAAAGCCACCCAUGGUUUCUCCUCUGUCUCUGAAUGGUGCUGCUCCACCUAUCCUGCCCGCCUACAGUGCCCUGCCAAUCAUGCCUGGCUUCAUUGCCCCUACACACGCUCACACACACACACCGAGCGCCGUCACACACACACACAGUGCGCACAGCGUGACAGACUGGAGCCAGUAUUACUACGCUCGAGGACAGAAGCGAGAAUAUCCCACACUGGCAGUACAGGAAGUGACAUCAGAGGGGCCUUAUGUUGGCCAGCACUCACAGGGUCUGGGUGGCCAGUAUGCCGACUAUUUCAAAAAGAAGAGGAUUUAGAAAGAACACACAAACACACACACACACACACACACACACACACACACUGAAUUACACAGUGUUUUUGUAGUGCAUUGUUGUUGUCCAGUCGAAGCCUUAACUCUGUACUCUGUGUGUAAGAGUACUGACGUUUAACGUGCGUGAACGUUAAAGGUCUGGAUGUUCUCAGGCCUGUUUUAUUCUGGGCUGCAGACCAGGCGCCUUUUUUUGUAACACACACACACCCUCUGGCCAGUGUAAUGAGAGGCCGCUGUGCUUUAAUAAUAGUGAACUUUUCUGACUUUGCUUUCUCCCAGGUAAGGCGCUUCACUGCUCCUGGGUGUGCACGUGUGUGUGUGUGUUGUGUGUAAGAGGUUAAGGGCUGAAAAAGACAGAACUGUCCUCAGAGAAUUCGCCUUUCAAAAUGGAUGUUGCUUCAAAUAGUUAGACAUGUUUGGUACAGAUGUACAAAUGUAAUCUACUGUAAAUACUUCUCUCAAUGUGUUCUGGUUAACGAAAGGGCCAAAAGUUCACAAAGACACGGCUCUACUAGGGUCAAAGACGAAACAUGUGGGCUGUUCAGUUUUCUAGAAAUGAUAUAUACAUACAGAAACACGUAUUAAUAAUCACAAUGUCCACUUUUAAAAUUGUAUGCAAAAGUUUGGCCAUCCUUCACCAAAUUAAAUUUGUUGACUUUUGAAGUGAAAAGAAGUAAACACAACCUCUGCAGCAAACUACUAAAAAAAAAACAUUUUUCUACAAAUGUUAAUGCACAGUUACUUUAUAUUCUUGUUUUAGGAAUUUCCCCCAGUUUUCCUGGCAGAACGCUUCUAGUUCUGAGAUAUUCUUGGGUCAUGUUGCAUGUACAGCAUGUUUAAGGUCUACCCACAGAUUUUCAAUGAUCAGAGGCACUGGGAGGUCCAUUCCAAACACUUCAGGUUGCAUUUCUUCAAGUAGUUCAUGGUGGAUUUUGAGGUACAUUUUGGAUUAUUGUUCUGUUUGCUUCCAGAAAUUGCUGAUAAUUACUUGGAUCCAUUCUUCCAUCUACCUGUGCAAUAUUUCUUGUGCUACUGGGUGCCACGUGACACCAAUGCAUAAUAGAUCUACCCCAGUGCUUAGCAGUUGGCAAGAUGUUCUUUAUCAAAUGCAAUUCUUUUUAUUGUGACUGUGGCCAAAGAGUUCAAUUUUUACUUCAUCAGUCUACAGCAUUUGUUUCCAAAAUGCCUCUGACUUAUCUAGGUGUUGUUUUGCAUACUUCAGACGUUCACUUUUGUGAUGAGGUCACAGGUAAGGUUUCUUCUGAUGAUUCUUCCAUGCAGAUCAUGUUUGUGCAAGCAAUGCUGCAUAGUAGAACAGUGCACAACCACUCCUGUGUCUGCUAAACCUUCCUGCAGGUCCUUAGUGUCAUUUAGUGCCCUAUGUAGGCAUCAAUUACGAUCAUUUUCAGAUUAUAGAGAGCAGCCUAUGUUAUUGAGUGUUAGCACAAGGUUGGAAGAGUCAGAGAAUCAGAGUCAGAAACACACUGGAAUUGUAGUCUUAAUGAUGAGUUCUGAGACUUUACAGCUGGAAAGUCUAACUUUUUUAAAAUAGUUUGUGAAGCAGUUAUCUUUAAUUCUUUACACUUCACUUAAAAAUUCAACAAAAUAUGUGAUUUGGCCAGGGAUGCCCAAACCUUUUCAUACAUCUGUAUUCCUAUGUUGUUUCAUAAAGGUGUUUAAAAAAAUACAUAUUACAGGAGGAAUAAAGUUUUAAACACAAAAUCGUUAUUCAGUAUUGUAGUACCAUCAAAAAAACAAAGAAAUAUAAAAAGCCAUAAUUAAAGUGCAAAUUGAUCGAAUAUUGCAAUGGCAUGUUUUUUUGACUUGAAAGCAUUUUUCGUCUUUGAUCCACUCAUCUGGACUAGUCUUUGCUUACAAAACUGUGUGUGUGUUUGUGUGUGUGUGUGUGUGUGUGUGUGUGUCACUGUACAUAGUGCUGUAAAUGUAGGAAAAAUCAGCCAUUUUACUGAGGAGCCUUAAUACAGGCCGAGCUCACGUUUGAGCAGAUAAGUAAAACACAAAGCCUCCACACGGGCCGUGACCCUAGUUAAAGGCAAUAAAGUAUAAGAUCUCUCUGUUGAGGUGUGUGUGUGUGUGUGUGUGUGUGUGUGUGUGCGUGUGCGUGUGCAUGCAUGUAUGUACAUACGUGUAUGUGUACAUAUGUACACUCUGCAGGCUCCAGUUCCAGGGUGGACUUUUUUUUUUUGUCCCACUGAGAUGGAAAUCUUUACCUGCCAUUCUUUUACACAGCAAUAGUAAUAUUGCUCAUAGUACCAAUUGUAAUAAUAAUGCGAUGCUGCUGGGGACAUAUAUGUGUGUGUGUGUGUGUGUGUGUGUGUGUGUGUGUAAUGGGUAUUAGUUAAAUAGCUUUGAUAUAGUGUACUUGCUCUCACGCUGAUACCUUAAUGCUGUGUAGAAGACUGUGUGUGUGUGUGUGUGUGUGUAUGUGAGAGAGAGAGAUAUUACUGUAUCAUAUGAGUGUAAUAAUAACACUGAUUGGGGAUAAGUGCUUCUCUUUACAGCUCCUUCAUUGGGAGAAUUGUUUUUGUAUAUGAUAUUUAACCACAUUUUAACGGCUCAAAGCCAUAGAGCUUCUCUGUGUGUGUGUGUGUGUGUGUGAGUGUGUGUGUGUUUGUGUGUAUUGUCUGCUAAAGGCAAUGCUCAGAGAUGGUUCAUCUUUGUUGUAUAGCAGUGAAUGUACAGGCUUUUCCUGCUUUAGUCAGCCUUUUAGAAUAACGCUGUGCGUGUUUUAUUUAUACUCAGUGAUUGUAUUGACUAGCCCAGUGUCCUCGCCCACUCCGGAAGCCAUUCUCUUUUGUGUGUGUGUGUGCGCGUAUGUGAGAGAGAGAAAGAAGAAUGUGCACCCUGUGCAUUCAGUAGUGCUAAAAACCUGCUGAGGAUGAUUACACAUGUUGGCCUUGGACAGCGCAGAGAGGAGAGUUGUGGAACAGUUGUUAAGAAGAUUGUUAUAAGUUUUUUCCCCCUCCACGUACAGUAUCGGUAGAAUAUGACCACAUUUACACUUGAUUAUUUAUAUUAAGGUUCCCUUAACUAACAACAUCAUUUAACAUUAACAAACCAUAAACAUCAGUAUUAAUAGCAAACAAAGCAUUUUAACAAAGUAUUAAUUGAUAUGUGUUUAAAUGUUAAUGAAAUCCACAUACAUUGGCUAAUGUUUAUUCAGUCUAUGACUAAUAAAUCGACAUACAUUAGAAAAAACUAAAUUACAGAAUGUUCCUAAAUGGUGCUAAGUUGCUGAACUCUGAUCUCCAGGUGUAAAUAUUGGAACUUGCUUUAGCCUCAGUUCUUUGCCAUGUGCAUUAUGUGUUCAUAUUGAUCAUUAUGGGCUUCAUUUCACUUAUCUAACUAAUAUCUAAAUCUAACUAAUACAAAUGUUACUGAUAAUGUGUUCUUGCAGAAGUUCAUGGUUUGUUCAUGGUAACUAAUGCAUUAAGUAAUGUCAGUUAAUUGAUCCUUCAAUAAUCAUCAGAUUGGUAUCACAGUUUUCAAACAUUGCCCAGCCCUACUCAAUACAGAGAAAAGUGCUGAAUCGUUUGGAGGAAAACAAACCUUUAGGAUUCCUUUAAGGAUUUUUCUUGAUGUACUAUAUGAGAAUUUAUACCACAGUGCUGUUGAAUUCUCAAAUCUGCUCUAAUACAAAAUAUGUUUUGUAUUGCUGAUGUGCUCCAAAAUAUAAUGAUGUAUUUAACAAAGAAAGAUAUAUAAUCAUUUAUAUGGUGAAGCUUUCCAUAAGAAAAUAUCUAACAUUUAUGGAAGGAGUCUCCAGUGCCAGUGCACUUUGUAAUAUUCAGUAAGUGUCACAAGAAAAUCUUAAUGACAAAGGCUUUGCUCGUUCCAGUUUCUUAUCAAAACAUGAUAAGCUGUUAUAUUUUUUUUUUUUUUUUUUUUUUUUUUGUCUUAAAGAUAGAGAGGCUGGUGAGGGAACGACUGUUUACAACUCCUUUAACGAAAGCGAUAACAGGAAUGUGUUUCGUGGAUGUUCCACAUUAAAAGUAACUAUAAAUGGUUAAAAAUUAUGAUGUGCUAUUCAUAUAUAUAUAGAAAUUUGUACUCGUUGGCAAAUUGCUGUGAGGAAUAAAACACUUCAGGACAUACUGUUACAGGAAAAUAAGCAUCACACAACUCAAUCAUUGAUUAUUUUCCUAUAAUAGCAUGCCCUGAUGUGUUUUCAAACUUGUAUAGUUUACUGGCUGCUUGUCCGUCGUGUAUUUUCAGCGUUCAGCUCGCUCUCCUGUGCUUAACGUGUUCCACGGUCUCUGACGGCUUUGUCUCCAACCUGAGCACUGCUGAUUCCACCUCGGCAGGGAUUAUCAAAGCACACUUACCUCGUCACAGAACUUACUUACCGGUCACUCUGCCGUUCUCCAACACUACAUCUGCUGUCAGUGUGAAGAGUGUGAAGGUUUUACAGUCUGCCUCUGAGCUUUAGAGGUCUAGUUAAGUUUGUUGAUCAGUAGAUGUGGGGAUUUCUGCUGUGCCUGUUCAUGUUGAAUGUGAACUUCACCCCUUACACUCUUUGUAUUUCUUAUCAUUUUGCGAAAUCAUAUUUAAUUCAGUAGGUACGCAAGUCAUGUGUAAAAGGCCAGAGUCUACAGUUAGUAUGCUUGUGUGUCUUAACCUUAAAACGCAGUUAGUGUGUGUGUGUUUGUGUGUGUGUGUGUAAAUGUGCUGGCUUUGCAAUACUAAUGUUUCUUCUUGACUUAUAUACUACAGGUUCACCUGUUUACGUGCAGGGGGAACACUAAGGCUUGUUUUUGCUGUGUAGACAUUCUGCAACAUUUGUUCAUUUUUAAUGUUUGUACAUUUUUUCUCACCUGGAAUUCAGAUUUUGCAAUAUUUUAUAUUCAAAUUAUAUUGAUAUUGCUUUCUGUGAAUAAGCUAUUUUUAGGUACGGUGGAAUAUAAGCAUGUCUUUACUCCUCUGUACUCUAGCACAAAUCCUUUUUUUCCCUUUUUAGUAGGUCUGAGCUCUCCGCGUUAUACGUUUUAAAUAGUAGUAAAGAAAAUAAUUCCUUGUAUUUAUUUGUCUAUUUAUGUAUAUUUUUCUUUAUUGGAUACUAUUUGUCUUAUUCUGGAGAAAAAUAGUUUGGGGUUUUUCCCCUUUUUUUUUUGAGCAGAAAGAAUUGUUUUACAUUCCGCAAUAAAGAGAAGGAGCUGUGCUGCC